UGUCGCACAGCGCGGCUCCUGCCGGGUAAAAGGUUGGCGCGUGACGCGCAAGAUGGCUGCGGAACCGAGCAGGGAGUGGAGUGAGGAGCAGCUCAGGAGUGACGAUCUGCCCAAAAAAGACAUUAUCAGAUUCUUACAGGACAAUGCGACUCAGUCGUUCCUUGCUGAGCAUAAACUUAUGGGAAAUAUAAAGAAUGUUGCAAAAACUGCGAAAAAGGAGGGCCUUGUUUUAGCCUACAACCAGUUGUUCGAGAGCAAGCGGUUUAAAGGCACAGAGCCGGAGAAGGAGGCGACGGACGAGGUGAAAGAGGUGAAAAGUGACAGCAAACCCAAAGAAAGCAAGGCGGAACCCGUCGAUGAGGGUCCUCCGAAAUAUACCAAGUCUGUCCUGAAGAAGGGAGACAAGGUAAACUUCCCCAAGAAAGGUGACACAGUGAGCUGCUGGUACACAGGCACCCUGGAGGACGGCACAGUGUUUGACACCAACAUCCCCUCAACGGCUCGCAAGAAGAAACAGAGCAAACCAUUGAGUUUCAAGGUCGGAACGGGACGCGUCAUUAGAGGGUGGGAUGAGGCUCUCCUGACCAUGAGCAAGGGGGAAACGGCAAAGGUGGAGAUUGAACCAGAGUGGGCAUAUGGGAAGAAGGGUCUGCCUGAGUCAAAAAUUCCACCAAAUGCAAAACUCAUUUUUGAGGUGGAACUUGUGUCCAUUGACUAAGAACAAGCCAAAGGAGAAAUUGAGCCAAGCCAGGAGUCAGACCUGUUCCUUGAGUGUGUGCCCGACCCACUUUGACUUCCAUCCAUGUUUGGAAAGCAGUGUUAAUAUAUCCAGUAUGCAAAAAAAACUGUACAUUUUCAAAUUUGCAUGUUUGGUAUGCUAAAUAAACCUGUUUUGAAUGCAA